UUGAUUGUGUUCCUUCAUCGUUAAUCUGAAGAAGUAGAAUCAAGUUUGAAUAUUUCAAUUAUGCUUGUCUUUCAUUGUGUUUCGUCAUCGGUAUUUAAGAAGUUGAAUCCUUUGAUUUGUGUUGUUUUUUUCUGUGUUUUUGUCUUGAGAUGUCUGAGGAGAAUGAGAUGGAUAGAAGAAGAAGAAGCAUGAUCCAGGUUCGUCGGACAAAACCCCCGCGAUUCCUCAUACAGGUCACGGGUGAGACCAUGUGAGAUGACAGCGUAGAAGACAGAGGUCACGGGUGGGAGACAGAGGUCACGGGUGAGAGACAGAGUUUGUCUUCUUGUUUGUAAAGUAAACUGAGAUGUCUGUAAAGGUCUGUAGAGGUCUGUAGAGGUCACAAGAGUUUGUAUUUUUGUUUCACGGUUUUGAUGUCUGUAGAGGUCACGACUGUGUAAAGAACACUUAUAAAUUGCAGUAUGCAAACUCUCAUUCUCAACAUUCUCAUUCAAGGGUUUUAACCAACAAUCUCAUCCCGCUUCAUUCAACCUUCCAUCUCUUCUAGUAAACCUAUCGUCCUUCUCCUCUAAACCCAACACAACCCAAUCUUGUAACCCAAGCUUCCAUCUCUUGUAAACCCAAUCUUUUAUCUCUCUCUAAACCCAACCCAACCCAAGCUUGUAAACCCAAUAUUUUAUCUCUCUCUAAACCCAACCCAACACAAUCGUUUCUUUCACAAAACCAAAUACAUAUAUAAUCAUUUCAUGGCCUCUUCUUCUCAAAACCCAUUCGACGAGUCAAUUGAUGAAGCUUUCGAUCAAUAUUUUGAUCAAUAUUUUGAUCAAACAUAUCAUAAUCUGUUAAAUGCUCAAAGUGAUCAAGCAGAUGAAAGAAGGACAAGAAAAAAACGAGUUUUUAUCGAACGAAACCGUGAAGAAGGCCAUCUCCGGUUAUGGAACGACUAUUUCAGUGACACUCCCACAUAUCCUGAAAAUCUAUUCAGACGACGAUUUAGAAUGAAGAAGCCAUUGUUCAUUCGUAUUGUAGAUCGCCUCUCCAAUGAAGUUCAAUUCUUUCGUCAAAAGCAAGACGUUACCGGAAGACUUGGUCUCUCUGCACUUCAAAAAUGUACAACAGCUAUUCGGGUGUUGGCAUAUGGUUCUGCGCUUGAUGCGGUCGACGAAUACCUCCGGCUCGGUACAACCACUGCUCGGUUAUGUGUGGAAAAUUUUGUGGAAGCAAUAAUAGAUUUGUUCGGCGAUGAGUACCUACGAAGACCAACACCGGCUGAUCUUCAACGUCUACUUCAUAUUGGAGAGCUUCGUGGAUUUCCUGGGAUGGUAGGAAGCAUCGAUUGUAUGCAUUGGGAGUGGAAGAAUUGUCCCACCGCUUGGAAAGGCCAAUAUUCUCGUGGUUCGGGAAAACCCACCAUCGUUUUAGAGGCGGUUGCAUCAUAUGAUCUCUGGAUUUGGCAUGCGUUUUUUGGACCUCCAGGUACCUUAAAUGAUAUUAAUGUUCUUGAUCGCUCACCUGUUUUUGAUGACAUAAUAUAUGGUCGAGCCCCGCAAGUGAAUUUCUCGGUCAACGGAACAGAGUACCAUUUGGCGUACUAUCUCACCGAUGGUAUUUAUCCAAAAUGGGCAACUUUUAUCCAAUCUAUUCCAAUUCCCCAAGGGCCGAAAGCAGUUUUAUUUGCGCAACGUCAAGAAGCUGUCCGAAAAGAUGUCGAGCGUGCUUUCGGAGUUUUGCAAGCUCGAUUUGCCAUUGUCAAAAAUCCUGCCCUUUCUUGGGAUAAAGUCAAGAUUGGAAAGAUUAUGAGAGCAUGUAUCAUACUUCAUAAUAUGAUAGUAGAAAACGAAAGAGAUGAAUACUCUCAAUAUGAUGUUUCGGAUUUCCAACAAGGAGAAGGCAGCAGAAGUUCACACGUCGAUCUCAACUAUUCCACAGAUAUCCCAACAAAUAUCGCCAAUCAGAUGGGUGUUCGAACAAGAAUUCGUGAUAGACAAACACAUCAACAACUGAAAGGUGAUUUGGUUGAACAUAUAUGGCGUAAAUUUGGACGUGAUCAAGACAACAACUGAGCUUCUAUGUUUCUUUCAAAUUAUUAUCGUUUAUUUUCCUACUAUUUGUUC